AUGUCUGCAUCUGUUGCAUCGCCUUCGGUUCUUUUGAAUAGAAUUCUAUCACUUCGAGAAUCAUGCCCUUUUCUAUUAGCUAGUGAUACCUUUGUUCAGAGUGCAACAUUACUAACCAAUGAGUUGGUCCUCAAGGCUAGAACGUCCAACCCUGAUUUAAAAGUCGUUUACUUGUCAUUUGAGACAGCCAUUGUACCGGACUAUAUAGACGAGACAAGGGGCAUCUUUAUAGACCUUUUAGGCAAAGAUUACGAAAAAUCACUCUCUGUUUUAGAUCACGAUGAUAGUAGACGUCGCUUAAUAGUUAUUGAUUCUUUUAACUAUAUUGCAAAAGAGAAAGUGGUUAGCUUUCUGAAGUUGAUAAUGAAGCCAAACACUGUUGUCUAUGGUGUAUACCAUCAAGAUAUUCCAUCCAGUGAGUUACACAGUUCGUCUAGCAAGGGACCUUCUGCAUACUCAUAUUUACAUUUUCUUUCAUCAUGCGUAUUUGAUAUCAGACCGCUCAAAUUUGAUGAUCCUGAUUGUAUCUACUAUAAAGCUAUAAACGAGGGACCAAGUUUUCCUGUUGGUGUUAAAGAAACUCAACAACCCAAGUUUUACACAGCUUUGACAUACCGUCGAAAAUCUGGACGUUCAUUAGAAUAUCAGUUUAUAGUUAAUUCUGCAUUACACGAGUACGAAGUUGUCAACGUAUCUGUGAAUACCAAUACCGGGGAAGAUGAAUCUUUAUUGGAAAACCUAACUACUUUCAAUCUUGGUAACACAAAGAAACAAAAGGAACAAAGGGAAAAAGUUGACUUACCUUUCCUGGAGGCGCAAAAAAGCCUUGGUAGCGUUGGUGGUUCUAUUGUUUACGAGUUCGAAAAAGAUGAUGAUUACGAUGAAGAAGAUGCAUUCGAAGAUCCAUUUUAG